CUACUGAUAAAAUUUGGGUAUUUCAGGGAACAAUCUGUAAUUUUACAGGCGAGUCUUCGCGGUGAACAAUUUUCCUUUCUGCGACCUGCGUGCUGGGUUGAUGUAUAUCGGCGCAGUGUCUCAACUGGCUUCUUCAAGAGGGCAAUCCCUUCAAUUCGUUUAGAGAUAACGAGAGCUAUGGCCAAUGGCGAUAGAGAUUGGGAUUUCUAUCUCAGAAUCUUAUCCAAUAGCGCCAGGGACUCCAGCUUAGCCAAUGAUCCUUCCGCUGAUCCAUCUCUUAUCCAAUCUGUGAAGAAGUUAUAUGAAUUGUGUAAGGCUGAGAACUCCGAGGAUUUGGUGGCUAGGGUUUAUCCACAGUUUAACAAGCUCUUUCAGCGCUCUGUUGCCUCGAUAUCCCAAUCUCAAUCUCGCACGUCUAACGGGCUUCUAUUACUGGCAAUUCUGCAGUUUUUCCUUGAUUUCGGAGACACGGUCCUCCAUGAUCCUGAUCCUAGUCUAAGGGCAUUCUUUCGGACAUGUUUGAGAAAUGGGAACCAUAUAAUUCUAUAUUCUAUAUCUUUUUUGCAGUUUUUCCCCUUGCUACUCAAGCUGAUUGCAUGGAACGGAGAGAAGUUAGAGAGGUUAUUUCUGAAGACUUUUCCAGGAUUGAUAUCACCUGGGUCAUUUCUUCCCCUAUUUCCAUCUAUAAUGGACUUACCAAUUUUGGUUGUGGCCUUGGAAAAGGUAGAACGAAGUUCGGGAUCACUGAUUGGGAGCAGCAUAGCAUCAAUCCAGAAGAGUACGGCUCCUGAGAUGCUACUUGCACUCAUGGAUGAAAGCUUAUACUGGUUCGACAAUGGUGAUGGAGGGGGAGAUUCUGAAUCUGAGGAUGGCAACACAAUAGAUGUGGCUGAUCCC